UAUGAGGUUGUCUUUUUCUUUCUUGUUUCGGUGUUUCCUGUUUUGACAGAAACCAAGUUUUUCUCACUUUCUUACACUUGAUUUGACUUCACUUCUUCUCCAUUUCUUCCCCUCACUCCAAAAAUCUUCAAGGAAAAGAGUGGAUCUGUACCCUCCCAAGAUGCUAUCCCUAUUCUGAGAAUGGAAAACAACCAAAGUGCUGCUGGAAUACAAGAUAAAUCUAUGAUGAAAUCAGUUGAUCAGAGAGGACGCUCUAAAGGGCGUAGUGACAUGGUGACUCGACGUCUGAAGAAUCGAGAGAGACAACGCAGAUACAGGGCCCGUAAGCGUUUAGAAGCUGAAACCAAGAAGCCUUUUGUUGUAGAGGAGACACCAACACUGCAACUGGAACUGCGACCAACUGAGAAUCACAACAAUUUCAUGACACGCAUACAUUGUAACCGAGACUGGAAAAAGGAUGCAAGACGGGCUCAUGUUGCGAAGCCUCAAGAAAUAAAUGGAUAUAUUGAUCCUUCUCCAAAACUAGCUAACAUACCUGUGGUGACAUGCUCAGCCGCAGGGAAUAAGUCAGAAACAAUGCUAGAGAGGGAAAACCAGUCUGGAACUUCUAGCAUGGUUAAUAAUGAAACUACUCCUAGAAUUGUUCUGGGUCGUAGGGAUUGGAAAGCAGAAGCUAGAAGAAUGAAAGUCUAAUGGAUUUCAACUCUUUUUUUUUAAGCAGUGUGCUUUUCCCUCCAGACUUUCUGUUGCAUAUUAGACAUUGUAGACUGUAAAGAUUGCUGGAUAACACCUGUUACAUUAUUUGGCAGGUUUUGGAGUUUAAAGCACCCAAGAGGUAUUGUUUUUCUCUCA